ACGCGCAGGAGUGUCUAUGGAGCAGUGAGGGCAGGCGGGAGACGGAGCAACCGAACCUGGCGCGGACUGUAGCAAGAGACGCGGGGUGAGAGAGGGUAACCUGCCUGUGACGUCGCUGUGGUGUGUCUGAGCUGCGGUUCCCGGGACGUGCUUGUCCGAUCCGUGCUCCAUUCGAGCCUGUAAGGAGGACGCGCACAUACUCAGGGAGGCGAGGGAAGCCCAUUGGUCUCCCUACCGACGCCAGCGACAGGCUGAGUCACUGUCGAGGAGUGGGAAGAUCUAGUGAGAGAGAGGGAGACAACAUCACGGAGACAGCGGAAGGAGGGGAAAACCGCUACACAACGCCUUUGAGAGCGAAGCAAGAGAGAGAGGCAGCCAGCGAGAACGACGGAAAGAGAGAGACAGAGCGCAGCAGUGAGGGAGGGAGAGAGACGCUGAGGCUGGGAGAGCUGACCCCCCUCCCCUCUCCUCUCCUCUCCUCCUUCCCCCCCCCUCACUCCUUCAGGAGCUGGUGUGUAGGAGCGGCGAGUACAGUGUGACUGAGGCAACAUGAGCGAUGUCACCAUCGUUAAGGAAGGCUGGGUCCAGAAGAGAGGUGAAUAUAUUAAGAAUUGGAGACCUCGCUACUUCCUGCUAAAAACCGAUGGGUCCUUUAUCGGAUACAAGGAGAAGCCACAGGAUGCAGAUCUUCCCUACCCUCUCAAUAACUUCUCUGUUGCAAAAUGCCAGCUGAUGAAAACUGAACGACCAAAGCCGAACACUUUUAUUAUUAGAUGUCUACAGUGGACUACAGUCAUAGAGAGGACCUUCCACGUGGACACACUAGAAGAGAGGGAUGAGUGGGCAGAGGCGAUCCAGAUGGUGGCAGAUAAACUCCAAAGACAGGAAGAGGAACGUAUCCAGUGUAGUCCCACCUCACAGAUAGACAACAUGGGAGAGGAGGAGAUGGACACAUCUAUCAGCCAUCACAAACGCAAGACAAUGAAUGACUUUGACUACUUAAAAUUAUUGGGAAAAGGCACUUUUGGAAAAGUCAUUCUCGUAAGGGAGAAGGCCAGCGGGAAAUAUUAUGCAAUGAAAAUUUUAAAGAAAGAGGUUAUUAUAGCAAAGGACGAAGUGGCCCACACGCUUACAGAAAGCAGAGUACUAAAAAACACGAGGCAUCCUUUUUUAACUUCUUUGAAGUACUCGUUCCAAACAAAAGACCGCCUAUGCUUCGUGAUGGAGUAUGUCAAUGGAGGAGAGCUGUUUUUCCAUUUGUCGAGAGAACGGGUGUUCUCCGAGGACCGCACGCGCUUCUACGGCGCCGAGAUCGUUUCCGCCCUCGACUACCUGCACUCUGCCAAGAUUGUGUACCGGGAUCUGAAGUUGGAGAACUUAAUGCUUGAUAAAGAUGGACACAUCAAAAUUACAGACUUUGGCGUCUGUUCCACUGCCCUCACUGAUGAAUGUUUUCAAAUGUGUGUUUGUUCUCAGGUGCUGGAGGACAAUGAUUACGGCCGUGCGGUGGACUGGUGGGGUCUCGGUGUGGUCAUGUAUGAGAUGAUGUGUGGCCGACUGCCUUUCUACAAUCAGGACCAUGAGAAGCUCUUUGAGCUCAUCCUAAUGGAGGACAUCAAGUUCCCCCGGACCCUCUCUACUGAUGCCAAGUCCCUACUGUCAGGCCUGCUCAUCAAAGAUCCCAAUAAGAGACUUGGUGGAGGUCCGGAUGAUGCUAAGGAAAUUAUGCGACAUAGUUUCUUUGCUGGAAUUGACUGGCAGGAUGUCUAUGAUAAAAAGCUGAUGCCUCCCUUCAAGCCUCAGGUGUCAUCAGAGACAGAUACCAGAUAUUUCGAUGAAGAGUUCACAGCUCAGACGAUUACAAUAACCCCUCCUGAAAAAUUUGAUGAAGAUGGGAUGGACUGCAUGGACAACGAGCGACGGCCACACUUCCCCCAGUUCUCCUACUCCGCCAGCGGGAGAGAGUGAGCGCCACGCAGCCGACACUGCCUCAUCCUCAUCAAGGUUCCCACUGGAACAAAUUUUGGUCAGGCCCGGCCCUUUUGACCCUCCAUCGUCCAUCUUGGUUCUUUAAUUUGUUUAGCUAGACCAAGGGAAACUUCUGAUUUAGGGUGACGGGAAUUUGCACGUCGGGUCGAACCGAGGUCCAGCCCGCUCAAACAUCUUUACAGCUCCAGCCCAAAGGUUGGGUCAUGAUGGGAGAACUUUUGCUGUUUGUUAGGAGUCUUUAUUGUGUUUCUCUCUUUGAUUUGAGACAUUGCUCCACAUUCCUGAUUCAUUGGGAACUAGUAUCAAGGUGUUUGACACAUCCAUUUAGUUCAGAAAAAUACAUACAACUGCAUGGCUAGAGAUUCACAUGGGUUUUGCAAUUCCAGGUACAUGUGAUAUAACUACUCAAAACCGCUCCAGUCUCAGCUGCUUCUGUUGUUACUGUUUUUAAGGUUCACCUUCUGUUAUAUAAAGUCAAAACUGCCAUAAAUGGUUUACUCAGGCUUCACAGAGGACAUCUGUGUUCAGGACUAGCUUUACCCCUCACUGUUCCGUAACUCAGUAUUCCUCCGUACAAAGCCCUGUGGACCUGAGCUAUGCAGCGCUAAACCCUCUCUAAAACUGCCCGUUAGAAAUGCUCACUCAAAUGUAUUCACCAAAGGCUUUAUUUCUUACAUAUCAUCCCCUAAAAGCAUUGUCCCAGUGUUUGAUGGAAAAAAUGGCACGUUUGACUGAUGUGGAAUGUUUUAUGCACCGAUACACAGCUGUGACGUACAGUUGAUGAUCAGACUAAAUUCCCCCAAAGCCCAAACUGUUUUAAGAGCAGUUGUGAGAAAGCCUUUCAACUCAAUGCUCAAUAGUGCAAUCAGUGUAACAACGACAACAACAAAGCCAGCAUUAAUGGAAAGAACGACAGGAAGCACUAUUUUUUGUUUUAUAAGAAAAUAAGUAAUUAAAAAAGAAAAUGUAUUUAAGCAAAGUUAAUUUAUUUUUGUCUUUUUGUUUGUUUGUCCUUGCGUUUAUUAAGAGUGCUUUCUGAGUCUCCUUUUUUGAAUGAAAUAAAUGCACCUAAAAAGGCUUACGAAUGUAGAUGGGUCACUGCAAAGGCCUUCAUUUGUUUUUUAAUUGUUUUCCCUGAACCGUUUUCUCUUCACACCAGUGUAGUGUUGUUCUGUUUUAUUUCCCCACAUGAGUUUGACUGUCCUCUUGAACAUUGUGAGCAGUCUGAGUGAUGUUGAAAUGUGUUGCUCGUCUUUCCACCAAUGAAAGGGCUGUAAAAGACCAUACUGAUUCAUUCAGAUGGGUUACUGUAUGUUACAGUCUGUAACAGAGCAGGACACGCACUCCAUUGUGCUUUGCUUGACCUUUUAAUGAGCAUUUAAACAUGACACUGCACAUUCUCGUUGUUUCGAGGCAGGACUGUGAACAAGGAAUAAUUUUGCAUGAAUGCAGAUAUUGAUAAGUCAGAUGCUAUUUUCAAACAGUUUUGAGUGCUAAUGUGCUUCGCUACAUCUAAUAUCAUGUUCACUUUCCUUCCCGAAAUACAGUAGUCCACAAAUCAAAUCCAUCCAUCACAGACUCGUACGCCAAUCAGAUAUUAGCAUAAAAAUCCUUGUAUAUAUGAUUUAUGAGCAUAAAAUGUUUUGGUUGCAGACCAGUUAUGAUUUACUUGGAUGAAGCUUGUUAAGAUAGUUGAAAAAACCUGGUGAGUGAUGAAUGAGUUGAGAUGGGCCGUGUUCUUUAAAUGGUAUCAGAGAGAAAUAUCUGGAUUAUUGAGUAAUAAUUUGAUAUAUGCAGUACAUUUCCUGAUAGUGUUUGGCAAUAAAACCUGCUGUCUGUGUGGUGUUUGUUUUGUGUGAGUGUAAAGAUGGCUCUUGUGCAUGUUGCUGUUGCGUUUACUGUGUCAGUUUAAUUUGGGCAGGAAUGGCAAAAUCUUUCAUUUCUAUCUGGUUUGGCACUUUUUGGGGAAAUUUGGCCAAGUGCAGCCCAGGUAUGAGGUUGGGGUGAGAAUAUUCAUAUUGAAGUGGGACAUUAGUGAAGAGGGAAGUGAUACACGAGGAAGGAGUGAGUUUGGGUGGUGUGUAUAUGAAAUGUGACGUAGAACAAGGUCUGUUGGAGUUGGGCGUCUGAACUGAGGUUUCUUGCAUGUUUGUUAAGGACUGGCAUGGAUUUGAUGACGACUGGUUAAGGAUGAUUCAGAAAGUUUCUGUUCAAAUCCCUCACGCCAAACUGAGCUUUCCGCCAGAAUGCCUGCAUUGAUGAGCAUUGUGAAUUGUCCAAUGGUGUAAUGUGAGAUGCUGUAGCAUGGUACUGUUGCUCUAUUGCCUACUGAUUACUGAUUUCAGUCGAGCUUGAGGAUGUUCUUGCAUUCAAACUGUGAUGUCCAACCCAAUAAUGUUUUCUGACCGCACAGCGGUGGUACUGUGGGAAAAUUCGCCGUUUGUGUCAGUCUUCCAACUUACACGUUUGUCUUUUUCCUCAUUCCUUUUUCUUGUUUUAUUUAUUUAUUGUUUUUGAGAGGAAGAAAAAAAAAGUUAAAGAACUACCUGAUUUAAUUGAAUGGGCUUUUUAGACUGCUGACCAUUUAGUUUUUUUGGUGUU